GCCCCGCGUCGAAUGUGGAAAGUGCGAACGACAACAACCCGUGGUUAAUGCCCAUAUGAAAUGCAUUCUAAAUUCAGGUACAUACACCCAUUAAAUGGCAUUCGCACUUGUCAGGUAUAAGCCAAUGGAAUGCAUCAUAACAUAGCACAUUGUUGAUCAUUCUGAAGAGGUAUCACAAAGUUGUAAAUCUAAGUUCUGCGAGAUAUUAAACUAAAAUGGCAACAAGGACAAUCUCUGUCCUGUGGUUAGCAGUCAUUUCAAAUUCUAUAAUCGUAAAUACAAGCAAAAGCACCUUGACCUUUGAUGUUGGAUUUGUAUCACUUUGGAAUUCAUCGGACGCCACGCUCUCCAGCCUAGGAAAGGAAAUGGUAUCUGUUUACAAGCUGGCUGUGGAGGAAGUAAACAAAGAUGCUGUAGCAAAAAAGAGCCCUGUUAGAUUAUCAGAAAAUUUCAAAGAACUCAUACUCGACGAAAAUGACUGCAGUAAGGCCAGCAAAAGGUUGAUAAAUAACUCGCGAAUUGUUGGCAUCGUCGGUGCAAUGACGUCAGCUUGUUCGAAGAUCAUGCAAAAGCAAAUCAAAAUUUCAGGAGCAAAGUUAUCACAGAUCUCCUACAAGUCAACGCUUAGAAAACUCACUGACAAAUUUCAGUAUCCGACUUUGUUUAGAACUUCAUUUAGUGACGAAAGUCAAGCCCAGGCCCUUGCGGAUAUAGUCAAAAAUUUCAGAUGGAGAAAGGUUGGUCUUUUUGGCAUGAAUGACGCGCAGGGUGAGAUUUUGACUGACGAGAUCAGAUCACGAUUGCACGAUUAUGGAAUCAUGCUUGCUGAAUCAAUCACGUUCAAACCAGGUGAUUCAGAUAGAGUCAUUGAUGACAGGCUUCAGAAGUUGAAAAGUGCAGAAACCAGAAUUAACAUAUUGCUUGCAAUUGGAGACGAUGCCUUGAGAGUCAUAAAGAGAGCUAAGUUAAAGAAAAUGACUGGUGAAGGAUGGGUUUGGAUUGGGAGUGAUGGUAUUGCAGCCUCGUUGCUGCAUGCUGAUACCGAAACGAGCAAGGCUGCAGAUGGCAUGAUUGCCGUAUCGCCUAAAACUCCAACCGGAGAAAGCUUACUUACUUUAAUAAUGAGCUGGUUUGGAAAGUCAACCGAAGCCUUUCCUGGCGUCCUUUGGAAACUGAAGUUACCGGGAAUAAGCCCUUACGACGCUCAAGUGUUUGACGCUGUUUGGUUUUACUACAAAGCUUUGGACAGCCUUGUAAAAAAGGGAACAUUAUCUAAGAAUACGUCCAGCUCUGACGCAAGGUUGGCAGUACUUGAAGAGUUGAAGUCCUUCAAAGAUUGGUCAAGUGGCAUUCACAGCAUUGCAGGUGGAAAGAUUUUCUUUGACGUGGAAGGGAAUACAUUUGAUGUCCCAGCUUCACUUGACGUUGUCAAUUUUGUUGAUAAGUCAUUGGUCAACGUCGGAUCGUGGAAUGAAACAUCAGUGGGAUUGAACAUCCCAAGCGGUAGAAUCUUGUGGCCAGGAAGAACACGCAAAACACCUACAGAAAGAGGGACGCCAGGGAAACCACUUUUUAGAGUUGGAUUCAUUGCCCCAUUGCAUGCUGGGCUUGGACCCCUGGCUAAGCAUGGUCAGGAACUGGUUUCGGCAGCCAAAGUCACCGUGGAUAUUAUUAAUACGAACAGGAAACAACAGGUUGAAAUCGAUCUGAAGGUCAUGGACGAAGGGCUUGAUGGGAUGCAGUCCUGCAAAACAGCCGCAGAAAAUCUGUUGGCAUACAAUGUUGUUGCUGUUGUUGGUGCAUUUCGGUCAUCUUGCUCAAUGGUUGUUUCAGAGGUGCUAGCAUCAAGCAAUACGCCUGUCAUUUCCUAUGCUUCGAUGGCUUCCGUCCUUUCUGACAAGAAGAAGUACCCUUAUUUCUUCAGAACAGUGGCAUCAGACUUCCACGAGGCAAAAGCACUGAUGAAGAUUUUUACCAAAUAUGGAUUUAAUGGGAUUGGGACAAUAGCCUCAGAAGAAAUAUCCUCACUAGAAACUUCAAAGAAAGUUGAAAAGUUUCUCAAGAAUGCUAGCUUGGAUGUGGAUGUUUCUGUGAAAAUUCCUUUCAAAGCUGAUGCAAAAACUUUGCAAACUGCCAUUAACAAGGUGCAACAAUAUGGUUCUCAGGUAAACCUCAUCUCAAGCCUCGUUCCUGAAUCACUUCCACUUUUGCAACAAAUUGUGACAGCAAAGAUGACUGGGAAGGGAUGGGUGUGGCUAGUGACAAGCGGGAUGACGUCGAAGUUGGUAACUGACAAUGCUGAGCUUGCAAAAGCAAUGGAUGGCUUCAUAGGGACCGGUCCUGCUUCGGGGGAGGGCAGUGUGUACUUGAAUUUUCUUUCAAAAUGGCUGGAAAAAGAUUCAAGAAAAUAUCCCGGAAUAGUGCACGAAAUGGUUAAUCCAUCAGCAUUACCUUACGCCGCUCAAGUCUACGAUGCAAUGAACGGAAUUGCACUCUCCCUAUCAGACCUGAUAACCAGGAAGGCCAUAACAUACCACACCAGACAGAAGAUCAUUCGAUUAAAGCUUUAUCAAAAACUGAAGACUUUCAAAGACCUUGCGACAGGGUUUCCAAGUGCAAGUGCAACCAAAUCCAUGUAUUUUGAUGAAAACCAAGAUGGACCUCCUGUUGUCGACGUUCUCAACUUAGUGGAAUCUAAAUGGAAAGCGAUUGGAGGUUACUCUGGCCAUAUUGAUCGCAUAUUGUUCACGCAAGAUCCAAUUUUUCCGGGAGGCACAACUGUACCUGUUGUUGGCUCAGGAAAGCAUAUAUACAAAAUAGCUGCAUUUUUCCCAAAACACGCCAAACUUGGACCACUUUCAGAGCUUGGGUUUAUCUGGGAAAAUGCGCUUCAGACUGCAGUUGAUUGGAUAAACAAGAACCAAACGAUUUCAGUUGGAUUCAAAUUAGAAUCAUUCGAUGGAGGGGAAGAUGAUAAAAGUUGUUCAGCUGUUGCCCAGGGACUACCACAUGACAUAGACCUAAUCAUAGGUGAAUUUCGAUCCUCCUGCACAGCGGCAAUCUACCACAAAGCAGAGCGCAGAGGCAUUCCGGUGAUAUCGUACGGUGCAACGGCGUCCAUAUUGUCCAACAAGAUGACGUAUCCUUAUCUAUUUAGAACGUGCCCGUCUGACACAGAGCAGGUGAAUGCAUUGAAUGCGCUAGUAGAGAGUCUUAUGUGGGAGAAGCUGGGAGUUAUUUCUGAGAAAAGCUUAUACGGAACUGGCUUGCUUAACGGUUUCACGGAGAAGAUGAGAGACAAUGACGUAUCUGUGACUGCUGUUGAGGAUUUUCUUCCGGGAAGAGCAGAAAGAAUCACAAAGCACGUUCUUGGGCUCAAAAGCUCUGGGACUGGUGUCAACCUGAUUAUCACCAAGCCGUCAGAUGCCGAAAGGGUUUUUCAAGAAGCCUUUGAACAGGGAAUGACUGGAAAGGGUUGGACAUGGCUUGGCUCUGAUGGUGCAGUUUCGUCAACGUUUACCCGAUCGCAGCAUUUACAGCACGCGAUGCAAGGAAUGGUUGGUUUCAGGCCUAAGAUUGGGCGUGGCUCUUUGUAUUCAGACGUCAUAAAGCAAUGGAAGUUCUCCAGCAAGCAAACUAAGAUACCGUACCUGGCACAAGUUUUAGAUGCCUUACUUGCCCCUGCGACAGCACUUCAUCGAUUGCAUUCAAAGAAAAUAAUCACAGUGAAAACUAAACGUAAAGAUGCAAGAAAUCUGAUGGCAAGAGAACUUCAAAGGAUGAAAGAUAAAAACUCUGGUUUUGAAAGCACAACUGGCACUGUGUCAUUUUUCGAUGCGAACCAGGAUGCACCAGGAAAUUACGAUCUGGUUAAUUUGAACGGAGAAUCCUGGGUGACAGUCGGCUCCUUUCACUCAAAUAAGCUUCACUUCACAAGGAACAUCGUCUGGCCUGGUGGUACCGUGGAUACACCCCCGUCGAACCAACCGUUAGAUAACAAAAAGCCCGUGCAAAAUGAGAAGUCUAAGACGCUGGAUGGUGCAUUGCUAGCUGUGGCUGUUAUCUUUGGGAUAUUCGGAGCGCUGGUUCUUGGGUUUAUGAUUUACAUCAUUCACAGAGUUAAACACAGGCACUUAUAUAUGCAGAGUGACGUUUCAAAUGGUGGACUCUUCUCUGUAUUAUAUGGCCACAGACAAGCUAAUGGAGAAUAUGCAAGACCAGAGGGGCGUGGUGUCACUGAAGCAAACGGUCAUGUGAAAAUCAGUAUAGAAACAACUUUAGAGAGAGAAAGCGAAACGUGACCAUCGGCAACGUGAUUCUAGCUAAAUCAACUGCAAGAGUACCGAGAUGGAAAUUGCUUCGUAAAUGGUGCCACCUCUGGGUUGCCACAAGUCAAAACGUUCUUCGCCGCAUCCAAAUUCUGAAGAUUAGAGCAUAGUCCGUGCUGGUUGUUUGACCUUGUUCUAAAGGUGAAGAUAAGUAGAGGAAUGAGUUGAAAACGCGAUCUUGGUAGAGAACAAUCCUGACUUUGUAGAGAUAAAUUGGAAAUGUAUUUUCUCAAGUCUGGUUUUAAGAAUGAAGUAGUCAAAAGUAAUUUUUAAGAAAAGUUUAACUAUCAAACCGUGGUAAUAACUGGUCAAUUCGAAAUUAUGAUGCAGAAAAUUCACAUACAAAAACUUUUGUUUCCAAAGAUAAAUAUAAGAGAAAGUGAUUAAUAGUCCACCACCUCGAGGCUUUCGGCUGAACCUGGAAUAAGCUUGGUUCAAGUUUUGCCCCAUUGUAUACUUUUGUUAAAAGAAAAAUGACUUUUAGGCUUUAAAUAUUUCUUGUACUCCCUCUGUGAAUAAUUAGAGCUACCAUUUCCCUGAGAGAAACGGAUAGUGACUUUACAAAUAGUAUAAGUUGCUGCUGUUGCACGAACGGUCUAAUCUUUGGGGUUGCCAUGGGAUGUCGCAGUCGAUGUAAACCCUGUAUAUUCAAUCAAAAUUGGGCGACUUUUGACGUUUCUGUGUCAUUUUUGUUUCUUUUUAGCUCAAAGUGAGCAAAUAGGUCGAAAUAUCAAUGUAAAUAUAAUUUGAAUAAAGAUCCACAAUUUAAUGUAUAUUUAGAUGCAGCUGAAUAAUAAGAGAGUAAAAUUGUUUGAAUUAAUUGUUUUAACUGUAGAUUCAGUGUUCCCACGAAGAGGUACAUUUUAGAAUGAAUUAUUGCUGUAGAAGUAAUAAAUUUAGUAUUAUGUUCAUUUUUAUAAGUUCAAAAUACAUGAUGAAGAUAACAAAUUUUCUAAUUCAAAGCUUGUUUUCUCUAAGCUUCACUUCGAGGGGAAAUCGAUAAAAAUGAGCUGAUGUCAUUAUAAUAAUGAACAAGCCAUGAAAUGAAAUUGCGGAUAAUUUUAAUGCCAAUAUUGAGUAAAGAAUGUUUGAAAAGGUAACAGCCCACAGCUGAAAAAUUCUCAUUAAAUACUCAAUAUUUCUCAUUGCUGAAGCAAAUCUUUUUUGUCUUUCUUUGGUCCUAACGAAUAAGUAUCAAGAACUGAGCACAAUGUUUUGUCAGCUGGCAAGUUUUCACUUGUUUCGACUGAUUGAUGCCAAUAAACAAUUACUGCAGCCAUAGUGUAUAUUCAAACUGUUGUUACUAAGUGCAGCCCCCUUUGAGACACGUACCUUGGGUCAUAUUGAUAAAAAUUUCACCGAGGAGAUCUCAGAAAAAGUUCCAUUAAUUGACCAUGGGGUAUAAACUUACAUGUCUUAGAACUAUGGCAAUAGAUUCCCAAGGGAUUUAAAGUACACAUCGAGCCACUGCAGAGUUCAUGUGUAUAUGAAUGAUAGCACGGGUGUCUUAUGCAUGGAAACGUAUAUUGAAUAUAUCGUAUCGAAUUUACCCCCAAGAACCGUAGUCUUCUACAGGCCUUCAAGAUAUUCUAGUUGAUUUUGGCAGUCUUUCCGCAGUAUUUUGUAGGAAGGAACAAACGCAUGAUAGGCUGCCCGCGAAUCGUUUUCCGUGAAUCUCUCAAUGAGCAAUUAGAUGAAAGGUAAUAGGCAGGAUAAAAGUGAAAC